UCGUCGUGGUUCGUGUGUCGCCGCCUUCUUGGCCUCAUCACGCCGGCUCAGUCAAGCAGAAGCAGAAGCCGAAGCCGCCAGCAACUCGCCCUUGGUUCGGACGUCGUCGUCCUUCCUGCUUUUUGGCCUCGCCAUCGCCGUCUACUCACUGGUCUCGUCGCCAAAACCUUGCAUAACACACACACAGGUGUCAGCCAACCAUAAACCUCCCCACGGAUCUGCUCUGCCUCCUGCUGCAUUUUGUUUCUGUUUCUGCUUCUUAUUCUGCUUCCCUUCAGUGUGCUUCCCUUCAGCCCUUCUGGCCUUGUUCUGCUUCUGGUAUGCGCUUGCCGUCACAACGUCUACCAGUGGCUGCUCUCCCUUGGUUCUGUAAAGGGGUUGGGAUCUUUCAUUUAUCGAUUUGAUCAUCACUAUAAGGAACACCUCAUGGGAGGAUUGAGAACUAUGGUUAGGAGGGAUAAAGAUAGCAGGUUGGAGGUUGAAUGUUUGAUCUGGCUUUGCUCCCUUUCAGAGCUUGAGAUUGAUAUGUUAAUUAGCUUGAAGUUGCUGAUCUUUCAGCGUGCAAAAACGAUAGGCUAUGCUGACCUGGCUAAGAAAUUCAACCUUAAGAUUAUUCGAGCCAUUGCUGUUGUUUUGAUGGAACAUCUUAAGGAAGAGUUAAAAGAUUUAUUGCUUGUUGCAGAUACGGAUAAAUCUGCGUCUUUUUUGGAUGCUUGUAAACUAUUGAAAUGUUAUAAGGAGGGUACUACAACUUUUGAAGAGCUAAUUACAGACAUCGGUACUGAUAUACAAGCAUAUUUGAGGAGACCAUCAACGUACAAAAGAGAGGAGGAGAAAGAUGAAAGAAAGUAGUAGAAGAUUAUGGUGUUCUUGAUGACCUGAAACUUACAAGCUUACUUAUGGCAGAAGUUGAGUUCGACUUUUCUCAUUGGCGGAUGCACACAUUUUUUUUUUUUGUAGGUUUUCUACUUUUUUUCCCCCUUCGGGGUCAUAUUCAUAAAUUGAUUGUAUUAAUCUAUUUUAUAGCUGAUAUUUUAUAGCUGACAUUGCUGGAGCAAACUAGCAGAAGAAUUUUGAAUAUUAUUCUUAGAAGAGGUAAUAUUGGUUAUUGGGAGUUUUUGGCUUUGGAUUUCA